UAUGUACUGGUAAUACAUGGGGUAAGAACUGUAUCAAUAGAUGUUCGCCAUCAUGUUCUGCUGGAUGUCUGUCGGAUACUGGUGAUUGUCAAUGUCAAGCUUGGACUUGUCUGAAUGGCGGGUCUUGUGGAAGUGAUGGCCGAUGUCAGUGUCAAGAUGGAUGGACAGAUAUGUAUUGUACAACAGCACUAGGUCAAAAUCUAGUCAGCCAUCCAGGCAAAUUUAAUUUCUCUUUGACCGGCGGUGAAAUAGCAGGUAUAGCUAUUGGCAUAGUAGCUAUGAUCUUGUUGGUAGCCGUUAUCACAGGAGUGGUUCUUAAACGAAGGUUUAUGGCUAGAGCUGGUGAAGGAACACAAAUUAAAUACGAUAGAUCACAAACAGUCGAGAUCGAUUCUGGAUUACCAAAUGCUAUGGCAAGGGAUGGUGGUACUGGGUUUGUUAAUCCUUUGGCAGCAGACCCAACUAUAGCAGCGACCUACACAGAAAUGAAAAGCAGAGAGUCAGCUGAUGCCGACAAUACAGACGCUUAA